UUUCCUAUCAGAUUCAAAUCUUGCAACAUGAAAAAGAAUAAAAAAUAUUAAUUAAUAUAUUCUAUGGCUAGAUUUUUAUUUCAUUGUUACCCAGUCUUCAUUUCUUCCAACCCAUCAUCCAUGCCGAUUCCUCUCUCUUAUGGACGACGAUAAUAAUCAACCCAAACCCAAGUCCAAAACAACUCUCUUUCUGGGUUGUUUUGGAUUUUCUGGCAAACAAAAAGUUUCCCGGAAAAAACCUGAAAAAAUUGUACUAUCUGAUCACAAGCAUAAGUGGUUUUCUCGAUCAAGAACUUUUCUCUUAAAACAAUCAGGCACCAAAACCGUUCCUGUCGAGUACUCUGCUAUAUCUGAAAAACUACAGACUACGUUAAAGAAGUCAUCAUCAAAACCCAAGAGGAAGAACUCCUCCUCCGAUCAUGAUAUCCUCUCAAAACGUAAAACUCCGGCAUCCCAAGAUAAGAUUCCGGCAACUAAUCCUAAAGUUGAUACUACUUCAGAUCAAGCUUCCGAAGACAGUCCCCACAAGACAAACCACAGUUCUGAACAGAACAUCAUCCUUGAAAAUGGUAAACUUUUGAAUUCUCCUAAACAGUUGUCCUUCCGCCGGAAAAUAGACUCCUCAAGAAUUUGCUCCUGCAGCCAGCCCGGUUCACCCAAUCCCAGAACCCAUAAAACCCACCCCGCUAUUCACCGGUUGACAUCUUCUCCCGCAACAAAUCCGCCAGAAAAAUCACGGGUCAGUGCUAAAAAAAAGCCUCGAAACUUAAAUGGAACAAGCGAUAAAAAAUUUGACCCAGUUAUUGGCAUGUCAAUUGUGAUGAUAACCCUAAUUAUAAUGUUGCUAUGGGGUCGUUUAUGUGCGAUUCUUUGUACGUCUGCAUGGUUAUAUUUCAUCCCUCGGUUAGCCGCUAAGGUUAAACCGACUCCGAAUGGAACUGUGAAAAAUGGGUUGGUUUCGGGUGAACCGGAUUUCAACCCGGAGGAGCACAAGAAGAGAGUGGUUUUGGAGGGGUUUCUCGAGAGGAACCACCGGCGGCCUCCGCCGUCGUGAAAUGCUUAUUAUUAUUUUUUUUAAUUUUGUUGUUAUUAUAAUGGCAUUUUGUGUAAGUUGUUUGUAGAAAUAUGUCUGAAUAUAUCAGGAAAAAAAAAUAAAAUAAAAAUUAGUCAAUCUUCUAGAAGAUUAUUUUUGCUUCUGCCUUUUCCUAUUCUUUAACUGGGGA